UAUUUCUUCAUUUUAGACUCGAAAUCUUUCUUGACAGUCUAAAUUAAUGUCUCCCUUGACUACCCCAAAGAAUUUCAUAUCUAACUUGUUUUAAUUAAUCUACCAAAAAGAAAGUGAAUUGAUUCUCAAGCCAAGCUUCCUUCUUCAUUCUUCUCUAACUACAACCGCCCAUUUCUCAUCUCUUACUUUAUUUAAUUUUUCUUCCUUCCCCCAUUCUCUUCACAUGUUUGUUCCACCCCCUCCAACCAAUUAAUUGGCCCCCAAACACCCCCCGAUUAAAAAAAUAAAAAAAAUACUUUUCUAAUUUUCCUAUUUUUUAAUUUUUUUUUUGUUAAUUUAAUUAAUUUUGUCUAUAAAAACCCCAAGCUCAAGAGUCAAGCCUCCUUCCCCACCCUCCCUAGAAUUUCUCUUGUUGGUUCUCCUAGUUCAUUGGGUAUAAGUACAAAAUUUUGUGUCAGAUUUUUAGUCAGAAGUAAAAUCUCCUUUUGUCUUUCUGACAAUAGGACCCUUUUGUGUAAGAAAAUUCACCCAAAAAAAAAAAAAAAAAAACCUACAAAAUCUCUUCUUCUAAAAUCCAAUUUCUUCUUCUUCUCAAAAACUUUCCCUAGAUUUUUGAUCCAUUUAUACUCAUUAUUUCCCAAACAAACCCUAAAAAACACCCAAAACAAUAAAAAGAAAUGAAUCCUCAUCAAAAUCAACGUCUUAUACCCUUAAACCUUAAGUCACUAAGAACAAGAUUUGCCCUUCGUUUCUUAAAAGCCCUAAAAAAAAUCAACCACCAAGAAAAAAUCCAUAACAAAAUUAAUUACAAAGGUAAUGGUAAUAUUGUUAUGAUGACUCAUCAUAAAUUCCAUAAGAUAAAGGUGGCAGCUGAUGCAUCCAUGGCCGCGGCCGUUGGUCCAAAACGGGCGUGGAGCCGGGCAGUGUUGUCAAGGAUCCGGCUUAGCUGGUGGCGGCGUGGGUUGUUGAGAAGAGAAAAUAGUAUUAUUGUUGCUAGAAAGCAACGGCGAGGGGCGGUCCGCCAACAAGGCGGCCAAACACAAGAGCUAAGGAGGUUGGUGCCUGGUGGAGAAGAAAUGGAUAUGCAAAAAUUGUUAGAUGAGACUGCUCAUUAUAUUAAGUGUCUUACUACUCAGGUAAAUGUCAUGAGAAGUAUUGUUAAUUACUGCUCUACACCGGUUAAUUAAUUCUUAAUAAGUUAAUUAAUACUAUAAGCAUGUAAUGUAAAAUGAAAGGAGGAUUUAUAUAAUAAAGUUUGAUGUGAGUAAUUAAGCUAAGGUGAGGUUGUUGUUGGUCAAGGUAGUAUGGAAUUAAUAAUUAAUACAGAAAGAUGUAACAUAUGUUUGUAGAUUAUUCAUCAUGUUAUAAACAUAAUGAAGUAUAUAGUUUGAUAUAAAUUGUACAUUAGAGAUAAGAUUAAAGACUUAUCUUAAUUUUUGUUUUGUUUACUUAUGAAGAGAAUUAUAAAUGAAUAUUUUGUUGUUUUGCUUGUA